UCUUAGCUGUCACGCAUGCGUCGUACGAGACAUCCCCUUCUUUAGCUCGCGAGCCAUGUGGCUGUGGUUGGUAAAUAAAGGUCUGUGCUAAUACUUGACUUCCACUUCAAAAUUUCGUACAAAUUCUGACUUGUGCACAGUCCGAACGCUCAAGAUGUCCGCGGGCACCGUGAACCUCCAGGCGCAGGUGGAGUUGGUGCUGGGAGCGCUGGUCAAAGCGGCCACGGUGGAGUUAACCAAACUGUUCGAGAGCAGAUACGGAGCCUCGGCCGCGGAUGCAGACAUGGGCCGCAGCGACGACGAAAAGAAAAACGAAACCUUGGAGAGGCUCGAUAGUUUUCCACCCGCAGGCACAAAACGCAGCAUCGGAGUACAAGUUGAAGAGGAUAUUUAUUCGCUGUUGGAGUUUUCUGGUUCCUCUUUCCUCUCAAACGAUGAGUGCAAAGCGGAGGAUGUAGUGGAGGCGGGUCUCCUUCCAACAGAAAUCUUCCUGGCUGAAGCUAAUGGCCAUUCUGACCCCGAGUGGUCCCAUCUGAAGGAACAGGUUUUGGGAGAGACUGUGGAUAUGCUGGAGUUGAGCGUCCUUGAAACAGAAUCUCCAGCUGAUAGUGAAGCCCAGGCAGAAGUUGUUUUGCACGAGACGCGGACAGAUCCAUUAAGAAAUGGAUCUAUGCAACAACCUCCAGCUAAAGAGAAGCCUCUCGUGAUCCGGCCAGAUACAAGUGAUAUUACUUCUGGGCAGAGGGUGAAAUUUGUUUGCCCAUUAAUACUUAAACCAGAGUCUCCUGCUCCAAAACCUGACAGUUCAGAGACGCCAACUCAACCUGAGCCUCACCAAGGGUGUGUCAGCACCGCCAAGGGUACCGCCUACAGUCCGUGCUCAUCUGAUGGAGCUGCGAAUCCUGCGCAGGUUGGGGUUUGGGAACGGAUCCAUACGCCAAAGGAGACUAAGAACAAUCUCCACAUCAAACUGAAACUGACUUCUCCAGAUCAAAAGCUGAUGCGUCGCUGUGCAGUACAACUGGUGGAUGUGCUCAUGGUGCCUAAGUCAGAGAUGAAGCUUCAGGGUCAUGUUGCUGACCGCGACACUGGCUGGCCUGUGCCCAAAGACCUCCGCCGCCACCAGGGUCUUCACACAGGUCAUCGUCUCUGCUGCUUCACCAUGUGUGGAGAUAGUGUCUGGCGUCUCCAAAAGGUCGUCACCCACUCCCGUGAUGGAUACGCUUGCAGCAAAUGUGGAAAAACAUUCAAACACAGAAAGAUCCUUCGACGCCAUGAGCGCUUCCACACUGGAGAAAAACCAUACUCUUGUUCAGUUUGCUCUAAGAUGUUUGCACUGAGGAAGAGCCUCCGCCGACACGUCAGGUUCCAUACAGGGGAGAGGCCCCACACCUGCACGCAGUGUGGCAAAAGCUUCCGUCUGCGAGAGAACCUGAAAGCACACUUAAGGUUUCACACAGGAGAGAAGCCUUUUAGCUGUGUCUCAUGUGGGAAGAUGUUCAGAAUCAUGAAGAAUCUGGAGAAACACAAUAUGAGCCAGUGUGGAUUCUUUGCCCCUUCAUUUAGGAUGAUUGCUGGCUUGUAGCUGUGGGAACACAUCUGUCAGCAGCUGGUUGUAGUGGUUGUAUCAUGUUCUACCUCAGACUGAAAAAAGAAAACCACUGUCAUAUAAAGAUGAGAGAAAGAAAUCCUGAUUGAUUGAAGUUCAGAGCAUUUUCUUUCUUAUUCCAUGAUAUAUUUUUGUGGACCAGUGGUGGACCAGUGGUGGGACUGGGACAAUAGGUGCACUCAGCAUUAGAUUAGAUCAUUCUGCAAGGAAUCCCCCCCCCACCCCCCUUUGCACAAUUACCCAGUUAUACCACAUACAUGCUGAUGUUGCCCACAUUAGAGAUUGUUGAUGUUGGAGAGACAUGUCUGGUGAUUGUUUUGGUUGGGCAAACUACAGCUCCUCACCAGCCAACCUCUGCUGUGUGAAAGUUUGAGAUAUAUAUUCACUAAAUGUCACACUGAUGAUUCGUUAUUGACAUUUGGCACGUGAUGCCCUUCCUGACAUGACCCUGACUCGAACCUGGGCCGCAGCAGCAAGAGCGCUGUGGCCUAACCACCUUAUGUAAUUCAAAUACUACUUCCUUUAAUUUCUGUUUUAAUGGACAUUUGCCAAAAAUAUAGGCUGUUAACUAAAACACAAACUAUUAGUGUGAACUACCCACUAUAAAAACAACUAUGGUCAAAUCCCCAUAUGAAAUAUAAAAUGGACAGUCGUAACACCUAAAGAGCUGGCUGCUGCUUCGCUGCCUUGCUAUGUAUCACUUCGUCUCCAGUGUUAUUUUCACUGCUUGUCCCUCACAAACCACUUGUCCAUCAGAUUCCUGCCACAUACUGCAAGUUCCUCAAUGAUGACAAUCCGUUUGUCCUCCAGCAACAGGUUGAGGACACCUUUGCCCUCGGGCUCAGUGACACCCAUGAUUUUGGCUGCCUCACAUGUGCUGAUGACUUGCUCAGUCUUUGAAGUUGGUCGACCCGUAAUGAGACCUGCCAGGUUUCAGAUGGGAUACUCUCAGUGAGGAUCCCAGCUGCAGGUGUUCUGAAAUGGAUGCCUCCCGCCACAGGGACACUUUUGCUGUGUCCUUCUGUUGAAGUACACUUCUCAGGGGGAUGUCUUCUCUCCCUAUCUUGAUGCGUUUCACCCCAGACACCUCCACUACCUGUCCUCAUACAGUUGUUAACCCAUGAGUCUCUUUACAAUUUACCAGGGUGGUCUCAGUUGAAGUAGGCUGAAUAAGGGCUGCAGCCUCUUAUUUCAGCUCCUCAGUGAUGUGCGCUGGGGCGCUGCAGAAGAACAAGGUGUUCUUAUUUAUGCUGAUGGAGUAGGGGGGCACCUUGCCCAUGAGCCGGUGGCCUUUUAUUAGAUACAAUUGGCCCUCUUUAAAUCGUGAGGCAAACUCCUCAAAAACUGUUAAUUUGGUCACAGAUUCCCCAUCAGAAAUUACUAUGUUCUUGUUUUGUUUUAUCACAGCAGGAUAUGCUGUGUUUUCUCUUAAUGCCCAUGAGACCACCUUGGACUUGGUUGGCCACUGCCACCAUGCAGAUGUGCAGCAGUGGUGGCUUGAAAUAUGGGUUUUCUGGUUUUGUAAACAACACGUUCCGGAGCGCCAUUGCGGUGAAGAGCAAAGCGGGAUCGGCGUUCCAACAAAUAUAUAAAUAUAUAUAUUCACUUCUGUUUGUUUUUGAUGUCUGUAUUUUUUAUAUUACACUUUUUUUUUUAAACUACACUCAUAUGAAAACUUGUUUUAUAGUCAUGGUAGGAUUACUGAAUGUACUCUGUGUAGACGUGUUGCUUUGCUUGACUUAAAUGUCUGAGUAGCUAUGCUGGCUUUAUAAAAAAAAA